AUGACAAAAGUUCCAACCCCAAGAGUCAUCUUUGUCCGUCAUGGCCAAACAGAAUGGUCCAAAUCCGGUCAACACACCUCAGUCACCGAUCUUGAAUUAACCCCCUUCGGAGUCCAACAAAUGAGAAACACCGGCAAAAGCCUCAUUGGUACCAAAGGUCUCCAUAUGAUAGAGCCCCAAAAUAUUACUCAUAUUUUCGUUUCACCAAGAUUGAGAGCCAGACAUACGGUUGAAUUAUUAUUAGAUGGGGUGAAUGAAACUAUUAAAGAAAAGAUUCCGGUUGUUGUGACUGAAGAUAUUCGAGAAUGGGAAUAUGGCGAUUAUGAAGGGUUGAAAACUCAUGAAAUUAAGGAGUUGAGACAAAAGAGAGGAUUAGAUCAGGAAACAAGUUGGAGUAUUUGGAGAGAUGGGUGUGAGAAUGGAGAAGUUCAUACUGAUGUUAAAACAAGGUUGGAUAGGUUUAUUGAAGGGAUUAAAACGAUUCAUCGGGAUGCUAUUGCCAAUAAUAUUACUUCGGAUAUUAUUGUGGUUGCACAUGGACAUAUUUUGAGAUGUUUGGUUGCGAGAUGGGUUGAAAGAGAACUUGAUUGUAAUCCGAUGUUGAUGUUGGAUGCUGGUGGGGUGGGUGUUUUGAGUUAUCAACAUCAUAAUUGUGACGAACCUGCGAUUUAUUUAGCUGGGGCAUUUACUGUACCUGUUGAAGAAGAAGGUGCUGAUUUUUAG